UCGUUCGUUCCUAUCCGUGGAUGUGUGCAACGAAAUGUGUGUUUUAUCAAAAAGUUGAUAAAUUCCUAUAAAUUUUCUCGUUUUUUUUAAUUACGCGUGUAAUUGCAAACUUUAUUCAUCUAUUGUUAUAGCUUUAACCAAAAUGGACUUACAAAACAUGCUCUAAGAAUCGUCUAAGAAAAUGUUAUUGUGCGCUAAGUUUCAUAAUGGCGGCCCGUCGCGUCCCCCGCGCCUCCAUUUCGAUGACAGUCAAAUUAUGACAAUGCCGAUGCGUAAAGUUUAGAAAAUGUUGUGUUGUUGUAAAUAAUUUAGUGAAAGUUAAAUAAAUCAAGAAAUCUGAGGACUAACAAUGAAUCCUGAACACCAUAGUAUGAAUACGGGUGGUGGCCAACCUCCUGGAAGUUCGGAGUCGCAGAGCCAGAGAGUUCAAUCUGCGCAGCAACAGCAGCAGGGCAAUAAUUUGCCCGCGACAACCUCUGCGACGGAUUUGCGAGUGAAUUCCGCGGCCGUGAACGUCGCUUUGUCUAGCGUCGCCAAAUACUGGGUGUUUACAAAUUUAUUUCCCGGACCUAUACCACAAGUUUCCGUGUACGGUUUGCCUACUGGCGCCAGGAUUGAAAAUGGGAAACCAGUCCAGUUGUUACAGGACCUAGGUCAACAUGCUAGCAUACUCAAUGGUGAUCCAAAUAUCAUUUUGGGGCACCAUGGAGGCCAACAGCAAGUUACAGUGUCAGCCGCUGGAGCACAACAAAUACCUGUAUCUCAAAUUAUUGCAACACAAUCAGGACAAACACAUGAAGCAUUGGUGGCUCACAACCAACAGCAGGAGCUGGCGCAGCAAGCGGCCAACGCUGCUCAGGUCACAGUUAGUGCGGGCCAACCACACCAGCAGGUACCCAAUAACCGGGUCGAGUUUGUACAACACCAUAACAUUGAUAUGGUAAAUCACGUGGGGCAUCAUUCACAACAACACUUAAUGCAGCAGCAACUAAUGGCGGCUGCCCGUCCGGAUCACUCAAAUCAGCAGAUACAGCUGACAGUCAGUGAAGAUGGAAUUGUCACGGUGGUGGAGCCAGGAGGCGGCAAACUGGUCGACAAGGAGGAACUCCAUGAAGCCAUCAAAAUGCCCACAGACCACACCCUCACUGUGCACCAGUUACAACAGAUCGUUGGACAGCAGGUGUUAGACAGCGUAGUCCGCAUAGAGCAAGCUACAGGAGAGCCAGCGAAUAUUCUCGUGACUCACAAUCCGGACGGGACAACCUCCAUAGAAGCAAGCGCCGGCGAACAGCUCAUAGUGAAAGACGAGAAAAGCGUCGGCAAAAUCGAGACAGCGCAGUAUGCUGAAAUCAAGGACAUAAAAGGAUUAGAUUUAAAGAGUGUCAACGCAAUGGGGAUGGAGGGCGCGGUGGUGAAGAUAUCUGGAGCCAACGAGCAUGACCUCCACGCCAUGUACAAGGUCAAUGUGGAGGACCUCUCACAACUGCUGGCCUAUCACGAAGUGUUCGGGAAACUGAACGCGGACGGGCAGCCUCAGGCUAAGGUGAUAAGCGAAGUGGAAGUAGAGGCCGGAACAAGCGCUGGAAUGUCAGAAGCGGAGUCCUCGCCAGGCCAUCAUGCUUGCGAUAUCUGCGGCAAGAUAUUCCAGUUCCGAUAUCAGCUGAUCGUCCAUAGACGAUAUCACGGGGAGAGUAAACCAUUUACAUGUCAAGUUUGUGGUUCCGCCUUUGCCAAUCCGGUCGAAUUAUCAAGACAUGGGAAGUGUCAUCUUGCCGGGGAUCCCACUGAGAGACACACAAAAAGGUUGACACAAGACAAGCCUUACGCCUGCACCACUUGCCACAAGACUUUCUCGCGCAAGGAGCAUCUGGAUAACCACGUGCGCAGCCACACCGGAGAAACGCCAUACAGAUGCGAAUUCUGCGCCAAGACAUUCACCCGCAAGGAGCAUAUGGUGAACCACGUCCGGAAACACACGGGCGAGACGCCGCACCGCUGCGAGAUUUGCAAGAAAAGUUUCACCAGAAAAGAACACUUUAUGAACCACGUCAUGUGGCACACGGGUGCAACUCCACACCAUUGUACAUUAUGCGGUAAGAAGUAUACUAGGAAGGAGCAUUUAGUGAACCAUAUGAGAUCGCACACAAACGAUACGGCGUUUCGAUGCGACCUGUGCGGCAAGUCGUUCACAAGAAAGGAACAUUACACCAAUCACAUAAUGUGGCAUACCGGCGAGACCCCACACCGCUGCGACUUCUGUUCGAAGACAUUCACCCGCAAGGAACACUUAUUGAACCACGUCCGCCAGCAUACUGGCGAGUCUCCUCACCGCUGCAACUUCUGUUCUAAAUCGUUCACGCGGCGCGAGCACCUUGUCAACCACGUGCGACAACACACCGGCGAGACGCCCUUCCAGUGCGGAUACUGUCCCAAGGCGUUCACCAGGAAGGACCACCUCGUAAACCACGUACGACAACACACGGGCGAAUCACCGCACAAGUGUUCGUUCUGCACCAAGUCGUUCACCCGCAAGGAACAUCUGACGAACCACGUGCGACAACACACGGGUGAAUCCCCGCACCGAUGCUCGUAUUGCUCCAAAUCGUUCACAAGAAAAGAACACUUGACAAACCAUAUCAGACAGCACACGGGAGAAACGCCACACAAGUGCACGUUCUGCCCGCGCUCGUUCACGCGCAAGGAGCAUUUGAACAACCACGUGCGACAACACACCGGGGAACUGCCCUUCAACUGCACCUACUGCACCAAGAGCUUCACGAGGAAGGAGCACCUCGUCAGCCACACCCGACAACACACGGGUGAGACCCCCUUCAAAUGCGCCUACUGCACCAAGUCGUUCUCGAGAAAGGAGCAUCUCACCAACCACGUGCAUCAACACACCGGCGAGACUCCACAUAAGUGUGCUUUUUGCACUAAGACAUUCUCCAGGAAAGAGCAUUUGACCAACCAUGUCAGAAUCCACACGGGUGAGUCGCCCCACCGCUGCGAGUUUUGUCAAAAGACGUUCACCCGUAAGGAGCACUUGACGAAUCAUUUGAAACAACACACGGGCGACAAACCGCACCCUUGCAAAAUCUGCUCCAAACUGUUCUCUAAGAAGGAGCUCGUCAUGCAUAUGAGAUCGCAUAGCUGCGGCGACCGACCCUUCAGUUGUGGUGAAUGCGGCAAGACGUUCCCGCUAAAAGGCAACCUGAUAUUCCACGAGCGAUCGCACAAGGCCGCCGGCGUGCGCCAGUAUCGGUGCGACGUGUGCUCUAAGGACUUCUUAUGUAAAGGACAUCUGGUGGCGCAUAGACGAACGCACACGGACGCGACGGAAGGCGGCAGCGCCGAGGCGUCGGUUGAAGGCGACGAGUGCAGCACCGAUUGCACCAAGUGCGAGAAGAUGGAGACCGAACGGCCGGAGAGAAAGCAUGAAAUUAGAUUGAGUACAGAAAAUAGGCCAGCAGACACAAAUGUCACUCAAAGUGAAACUAAUGUAGCUGUGAUGCAACUAACAAGUCAGCAGCAAGUCCGAGCGGCCUCUGCGGCUAACAACACAACGGUCGCGGGCGCAACCUUUACGCACUCGGCGCCGCAGCACCAUACUGGCGCGUCGAUAGCGCACCACCCGGUCACGGUCAACUACUAGCACAUCCAAAUAGCGCUCCAUCCCUCGGCUGGGGUGGACGCGCCCGAUACAGCCGACGGCUACACUGUGUUGUAGUGAAGAUGGAACCAGUGAGCCUAUGCUGUGAUAAUCUGCGCGUUAGGGUUACUACACACAAGUAACAUUGCCGUCAAACUAUUGGCACAUCACAUCACAUAGCAGUAUUUUUCGCAAAACAAAGACACGAAGAAAUUAUAAUACAUAAGUGCAGUGAAGCCGAGCGGCAUUUUUGCUGAACAUUCACAUUAAAUCUAUUUAACGCCCGGCUGUGCCGAUUUACUCACGUAAUGGUGUAGUAACCCUCACGCACUCCUAAACCGCAGUACAUAGUGUGAAUACUCUACUGUACAUAAACCAUACCGCAGUAUACAGUGUGAACGCGUAAAUAAUCUAAUCUUGUAGACAUAGUGAGACGCGUGAGUGCCGUGGCUGUGAUUACUGUGUGAACACAACAUCGUGCUUCACACAAACUGAAGUUGAAAACACUCAUUAUCAUGACUAAGACCUUGCAAGUAAUGCUAAAACUGUGAUUGUGGAUACCAUCACGCUACCGAACUUGAAGCUGCCGUUUCAUUAUACCAAGCUUAUAAAGGAGCUGUGUUUUUCUCACAUUUGCCAUAUUUUUUUAUUGGGGAAAUUCCAUAUUAGCCAAAUUUCAAUUAUGGUGGUGAUUUAGUUUUUGCCUGGGUAAAAAUUUAAUAGGAAAGUUAACUUAUUGACGGACUGAUUAGCCUUGAACAGAAUGAAUAUCACAAAUUAUCAUGGUCUCUUCCUGUUAUUUAUUUUUUGAUCAAGAAAAUGACUGGCCCAAUACUGUUUUGGGACUGUGUAAGAUGAUGAAUGCUAUCUACAACAUUACUGCGAUUUUUAAAUAAUCCAGAUAAUUUCUUCUGUGUUAUUUUUUUAAGUUCAAGACAAAUGUAAUAAGUUGAUAGCAUUGAUCAACCAUUUUUUAAUAAAGUGUGAUAUAAACACUACGUUUUACCUGAUAUCUUGGAGCAAAUGAUAUCUUGGCAGUGGUUUUAUUUAGAGACAGGCAGUAGUUAUGUAUGUACGGUUACAAGCACAUCAAAUUAUCAAGCAAUAGAUUUUUGUGACAAAGUAGCACCUUUUGCUAAUAUUUACAUUAAAUAUUAUAAAGUGUAACUAGAUGUGCUGUCAUUUGUACUUGGUAAAUUAAAACCACUGUUUUCAAUUAAUAAAACACCAGCACUGCCUAAUUUCCCACAUACACCGCAUGCCCCUGAUUUUGAGUUAAUAAUGGCCAGUAAAUAAUGCCUACUCGAUAAACAUCACUGAAGGAAGAUUGCUUAUGCCUAAGAUAUGUGCAUUCUUUUUAAAUCUUUUUUACAUAUUUUCUCAUAGAAAACGACCUAUUGUUGCCCUCUUAAAAAUAGUUUUAUUUAUAAAGAAAGUUCUAUUUUAUUUAUUAUUUAUGGCAAAUAAAUUGUCUGUUUUAUUUACCCUUUAAAAAUGUUUGCCUUUAUUCAUAACGUGUUCAUGUAAAUAGUCUACAAAUGUUAUUUGUAACUUCCAUUAGACAUGUCAAAACAAUUUACAAAACAGUUAAUGUGCAUUAAACAAGUUGAUAGAAAUCGUUUUACGCUUACCAAUUAACUACAAAAUAUCCAUUUAAAUUAGUUUUUAAUGUUAAUAAAAAAAGGAAUAGCAUAGAGGUUACCAGAUAACUCUUAUUUUGAUUUUAACCAUGUAAAUAAUAAUCUAAUGUAGCUUUAUUUAAUACAAACAUUUGGAUUUUUAGACAUCUUUACGCUGUAUUCAUUUUCCAUUUAGAAUUUUGUUUUUUUGUAUUGUAUGGGUGUAAAAUUUAAAAAAAUACAUUCCUUCUUCAUGAAACUUCAAUUUCUUUCGUUGUGAAGUAAUUAAAUCAUGAAUGUUUUUCUAAGAUUGAAAGGGGCUAUGACAUGAAUGUGGUAUAAGUUCCUUUACAAUUUAUUGUGGUACAUGAUUUUACUUAAAUUUUGCACAUUUAGAAACUUUUACAAUAAUUGGAUUAAGUUUCUUCUUUAUUAUUAACCAUGUUAAUGGGACCACUAUAAGGAAAGUUUUCUUUAGUAUCGACAUAAAUGAUCCUUGCAGUUUCCCUCCCCAUUAGGUUUUAUUUACAUAAUAUUGUGUUUAUGAUUGUUGGGCAAUAAAAAUCUCCUUAUUAUUGUUCCACAGCUAUUAGUACGGUCCAGCUAAAAUAAAUUUAAUUAAUAAUAUUCUUUGCCAUGAUUGUACAGUACAAGUGUGAUAAAUCUUUCAUUAAUUAUUAUUAAGGAAAUGUAUAAAGUUGAGAGCUGGUGGGUGUAUUGCUUAGCUUAGCGAAACCACCAGGUGCGUGAAGUGGUGUUGUAAUCACUUCCGUGGUUAUUAUAACACAGCUUGUAAAACUAUAUUAAUAUAGCUUGUAUUUACUUGUACAGAAAUAGCUGUAACCUAUUAGUUUUACCUUGUAGCAAACUUAAGACUAAUAAAAUUAUAUCAUAUUACUUAUUAUUAUUAUGUUAACAAUGUCUGGAUUGUGGUUAAAAUGUUACAGGACAAAAACGGGAUUAAAACGAUUCUGAAUCGUCUGGUUGUAGUAAGAUUUUUCUAAGGUGCGAUGAAUCAUUGAGAUAACUUAUUAUGUCAGCCAAAAGGUAAAUUAUCUUCAAUGGUGCCACGCUGAUUUAUAUUUUAUAGGAAGUCUAAAUCUCUAGAUACAAUAGUGUACUAAAAGCUAAUUUAUGUUCAGUAAUUU